AUGACCCCACUUAAAACAACUUCAUCUGGUUGGGUAGAAAUAUUCUCCACUUUUCCUGAUAACUUUGUCAAUACAUCAUCCCUCACAUCUCUCAAACUUCCCCACUGUGGGUUAUAUGGGGAGUUCCCUAUUGGUGUUUUCCAUCUACCAAACUCAGAGGUUCUUUAUGUUCACAAGGACUUUAAGCUAACAGGUUAUUUUCUUAACUUCAACAGGAACGAUUCCUUCAAGAAAUUGAGCGUUGGGGAAGCAAGUUUCUCUGGUCCACUGCCUAUGUCUAUUGGAAAUCUUCGUUCCUUAACUUUUUCGAACCUCAAAAAUUUAAAGAAACUUCGAUUAUCGUCCAACCAACUUUCUCUGCAAAUUAAACCCAAUUUGAAUGCUACUCUUCCAAAGUUUCAAAUUAUGAGGUUGGUUUCAUGCAACUUAACAGAGUUUCCAGAGUUUUCAAAAAACCAGGACGAGUUGUACGACCUAAACUCUUCUAACAACAGGAUUCAUGGCCAAAUACCAAAAUGGUUCUGGAAUACAUCUAGAAAAACUCUGAAGAAUCUGGCUCUGUCGCAUAACGUCUUAACAGGUCUCGAGUCAUUUGACCGAAAUCCACCCAUUCUUACAUGGAAAAAUCUGGUGUUUUUUGCAGUAAGGUCUAACUUGUUACAAGGUUCACUGCCAAUUCCACCCCAAUCAAUCAUAACUUAUGAUGUUGCAAACAAUGAUUAUAAUGGUGAUAUUUCGCCACUAUUCUGCAGCAUGAAUGUACAAGUUCUUGAUUUGGCGGACAACAACCUAAGUGGUAUGCUUCCACAAUGUUUGGGGAACUCUAGUGCUUUGGAAAUACUCAACUUGUCGAACAAUUCUUUUAAUGGAGAUAUUCCUCAACUAUGUCCAAACAAAAAUAGUUUGAGAAUGGUAGAUUUAAGCGACAAUCAUUUGCAGGGGAAGGUACCAAGGGAACUGCCAGUGUUAAAGGCUCUCAUUUUGCUUUAUAAUGAAUUUCGUGGAAUAAUUGGGAAGCCUUCAAGUAACCAUGAGUUCCCAAACUUAUGCAUCAUUUAUCUAUCUCACAAUGGUUUUUCCGGUAUGUUGCCCUCUAACUACUUGGAGAACUGGAAUUUCGUGAAAUUUGUUAAUGAAACCAAUCAAACUUAUUUUGAAGUAUCUUCAACCAACGCAACUAAUGCCACUUAUAUCUAUCAAUACAAGAUCACAAUUCUUGCCAAAGGAGCUGAGUUGAAAUAUUUGAAGACCCCUUAUCUUCUGAGACUUAUAGAUCUAUCAAGCAAUAGAUUUGAAGGAGAGAUUCCAGCAGGUAUCAUUGGGAAACUAAGAGACCUUCAUUUGCUGAACCUCUCCAACAACACUCUCAGUGGUCUCAUACCCUCAUCUCUUGGGAACUUGACAGCUCUUGAAUCAUUGGAUCUCUCUGGAAACCAGCUAUCAGGAAGUAUCCCCAAUUCAUACCAAGGAAACUCGGGUUUGUGUGGAAAACCUCUGUCAAAGAAAUGCAAGGAUUCAGAGAGCUCAACAUCGUCACCACCUUCGAUCUUUGAAGAAGAUGAAGACCCUGAAAUUGCAUUUAAGUUUGAUUGGUACAUGGUUCUUCCAAGAGUUUUUUGUGGUCUAAUUGUCGGAUUCGUUGCCGGGGACGCUUUUGCAGACAAGAAGCAUGAAUGGUUUGUAGAGACAUUUAGCAAGAGGAGGAGGCAGUUAAUAUAG